UCCUCUUUCCUCUGUGUUUUGACCCAGAUGUUUAGGAUCUUUGCUCAGAACUUUGUUCUCGUGUUGUGAUUUUGAGCAAGGGCACUUUAAUGGUGUUGGUGAAUUUUAAAGAGUGCAACUGGGACCUAAACCAAUAAUAAGGUGUUUGGCCCCUAUGCAUCUCAUAUCCUAGAACCAAGACAAUUGGAUUUUGAAUCAGACAAUUUACUACAAAUUCAUGCCAUCUUGUCAUGGAAGUCGCCCACCCCUAGUUACAUUGUGUAUUCACUGGAAAAUAAUCCUUGAAAUUCUCUUCCUGUGCUUUGCAGAUCCUGGUCUAACAGUUUUUGCCGAGCUUGUGUCCUGUGUUAAAAGAACACUUGCUCGUAUCUUGGUCAUUAUUGUCAGCAUGGGGUUUGGCAUUGUCAAACCCCGACUGGGUACAACUCUUCAUCGAGUGUUGGGAGUUGGAGCCUUGUAUUUCAUUCUUGCAACUAUCGAGGGAUCCUUCAGAUCGCUUCAUCCCAAAUCUGAUCCUGGUAGACAGCAGCUGAUUGUCAGUAUCCCACUUGCUGUUCUGGAUGUUUCUAUCUGCUGGUGGAUCUUCAUGUCCCUGGUUCAGACCAUGAGAACCCUUCGCAUCAGAGGUGACCUGGUGAAACUUUCGCUCUACCGACACUUCACCAACACCCUCAUCUUUGCAGUAUUGGCAUCUGUGGCAUAUAUGAUUUGGUCAAUCAAGACUCACAGAUUUGCCAAGAAUGGUUGCAUUACAAAUUGGUCUGAAUUGUGGCUGGAUGAAGCUUUCUGGCAGUUCUUGUUCUCUAUUGUCCUGCUUGUGAUUAUGGUUUUGUGGCGACCCACUGCGAACAACCAGAGGUAAGUGGGUGGCAUACGAUGCCAUGGAGAAUUCCUGUGCCUACGAGACCUCAUAAUGGUAAUAAAGAAACGUAUGUUUACCCAGGCUAGAUGGCAGAGAGCUUAAGCAAUGUCGACGGCAACCCCGAGGACAACUCGUUGUAAAAAAUUAAGACCGAGUUUACCAGAGGACCAGGCAGGGGUGAUACAUGCCAUCUCUCCUUUUUGGAUGAAACUUUGCCAG